GAAGGUGAGCUGAGCGUCCGCCUUGGCGGUCUUCCUGCGGACUCGCGGGAGCCCGGCGCCCGGGCUCCGGUAUUUUUGGGGCCAUUAAGAAAGUUCUGAGCGCUCAUUUGGGAAAUAACAUCCCUUUUUAAAAUGUCAUCAUUGCCAAGAAGAGCAAAAGUAAAGGUCCAGACUGUGGUAUCCAAAGAUGAAUUCUCUUCCCUCUCUGAGUUAUCAUCUGCCUCUGAAGAUGACAAGGAGGAUAGUGCCUGGGAGCCCCAAAAGAAAGUCCCCAGAAGCCGUAAGCUGCCUGUUUCCAAGGAAUCCAAACCGAAGAGGGCGCCACGGGUGAAGAAGAACACCCUACAGACCAAAGAUGGCUCAGAAGGUGUGGCUGUUAAGGAAGAGCUGAAUAGCUCUGUGCCUAUUGCUGAUGUUGAUUUGGAAGACAGAAAAAAUAAAUUGGAGACUGUGCAGACUCUGAAAACAGCAAAGAUGAAACGGAAAAAUUCAGCUCAGUCACCUUCAGCUCGGAGGACCAAAAAGCUGAAAGCUGAUGAAGAAACCAACAAAGCCAGCAGCUUAGAGAGCGGGAGUAACAGCACAGAGAAACCGUCCACAAGCGCCACGUGGGAAGGUGGGUGCAAGAAGGAGGAGAGUGAAGACGACUUCACGUGCAGUCAGUCCCCUUUGAAGAAAGUGAAGACAGAAAUGUGUCCUCAGGGGCAGCCUGUCAGGUUUCCAGCAAAUGCCAACAUUAUUAAGGAGGAGGUGGAAAUGAACUGGGACAUAGUACAGGUUUUAUCUGAGAGAACUGAUAUUGAACUUUGGGUUUGUGCCAACAUUAUUCGUCUCUUUAAUGAUGAUAACACAAUUCCCUUCAUUAUACGUUAUCGAAAAGAGCUUAUUAAUAACCUUGAUGCUGAUUCCUUGAGAGAAGUUCAACAAACUCUAGAGGAGCUACGGGCUGUUGCAAAGAAGGCUUAUAACACAAUCCAAAAAAUUAAGAAGGAGGGGAAGAUGUCUGAGUGCUUGUUAAAAGCCUUGCUGAACUGUAAAACUUUUGAAGAACUAGAACACGUGUCAGCACCAUAUAAAACUGGGAGCAAGGGCACCAAAGCCCAGAGAGCAAAGCAGCUGGGAUUAGAAGGAGCAGCCAGGACACUGCUUGAGAAUCCAGGGGACCUCAAUCUGCUCUCUUACAUUAGGCCCAAUGUUAAAGGGCUUUCAGCACUCCAGGAUAUUGAAACAGGAGUGCAGCAUAUUUUAGCAGACAUGAUUGCUAAAGACAAAGACACGCUUGACUUCAUUCGGAAAUUGUGCCAAAAUAGAUAUAUUUGUAUCCAAUCAUCUCUGGCAAAGGUAUCCUCAAAAAAAGUAAAUGAAAAAGAUGUUGAUAAGUUUCUGCUCUACCAAAAUUUUUCGUGCAACAUAAGAAACAUCCAACAUCAUCAGAUUCUGGCAAUUAACCGUGGAGAAAAUUUGAAGAUACUGACGGUCAAGGUUAACAUUUCUGAUGGAGUGAAGAAUGAGUUCUGUAGGUGGUGCAUCCAAAACAGGUGGAGACCACGUGGCUUUGCAAGGCCAGAGUUAAUGAAGAUCUUAUACAACUCACUGGAUGAUUCCUUUAAACGCCUUAUUUAUCCUCUCCUUUGUAGAGAGUUCAGAGCCAAACUAACAUCAGAUGCAGAGAAAGAAUCAGUAAUGAUGUUUGGACGGAACCUUCGUCAGCUCCUUUUAACAAGCCCUGUCCCAGGGCGUACCUUGAUGGGAGUGGAUCCCGGUUAUAAACACGGUUGCAAAUUAGCUAUAAUUUCUCCUACCAGUCAGAUACUUCAUACUGACGUGGUAUACUUGCAUUGUGGACAAGGCUUCCGAGAGGCAGAGAAAAUAAAGAGGCUUUUGCUGAAUUUCAACUGCAGCACAGUGGUGAUUGGAAAUGGAACUGCCUGCCGGGAAACAGAAGCUUACUUUGCUGACCUGAUAAUGAAAAACUACUUUGCACCACUGGACAUUGUUUACUGUAUCGUCAGUGAAGCAGGAGCAUCAGUCUACAGUGUCAGCCCUGAAGCUAAUAAAGAGAUGCCAGGACUGGACCCGAAUUUGAGAAGUGCAGUUUCCAUAGCAAGGCGUGUACAAGAUCCAUUAGCUGAGCUAGUGAAAAUUGAGCCGAAGCACAUUGGAGUUGGAAUGUAUCAGCACGAUGUGUCUCAGACUCUACUCAAGGCAACGCUGGAUAGUGUUGUAGAAGAAUGUGUCAGCUUUGUGGGAGUGGAUAUUAACAUCUGUUCAGAAGUUUUGUUAAGGCAUAUUGCUGGACUCAAUGCCAACCGAGCCAAAAAUAUUAUUGAAUGGCGCGAGAAAAAUGGGCCAUUCAUCAACCGAGAACAGCUGAAGAAAGUGAAAGGGCUAGGUCCAAAAUCUUUCCAACAGUGUGCUGGUUUCAUCAGAGUCAACCAGGAGUAUAUUCGAACAUUUUGCAGUCGUCAGCAAACUGAAUCUGCAGGCAAAAUGCAGGGAGUUGCUGUGGCAUCUUCAGCAGGUGUUGAAGUCACAAAUGAGAAGCAAGGCAAGAAGAAGAGCAAAACUGCAGUGAAUGCUGUACUAAAGCCAAAUCCUUUGGACCAAACUUGUAUUCACCCAGAAUCAUAUGACAUAGCGAUGAGGUUUUUAUCAUUUGUUGGAGGGACACUGUGUGAGAUUGGCAAGCCUGAAAUGCAACAAAAAAUAAAUUCAUUCCUUGACAGAGAAGGAAUAGAGAAAACUGCAGAAAGAUUGCAAACAACAGUACACACCUUACAGGUCAUCAUAGAUGGUCUCAGCCAGCCUGAGAGCUUUGACUUUCGAACAGAUUUCGAUAAACCUGAUUUCAAGAGAAGCAUAGUCUGCUUGGAAGACCUGCAGGUUGGGACAGUUCUUACAGGCAAAGUCGAGAAUGCCACCCUGUUUGGAAUUUUUGUGGAUAUAGGAGUGGGGAGAUCAGGGCUGAUUCCCAUACGAAAUGUAACAGAAGCAAAACUUUCUAAGACGAAGAAGAGAAGGAGUCUUGGGCUGGGCCCUGGAGAAAGAGUGGAAGUCCAAGUACUCAACAUUGACAUUCCCCGAUCUAGGAUUACUCUGGACCUCAUUCGGGUGUUGUGAGUGUGCCACUGGUGGCCAAACACUGAUUUUUAUUCCCUCAUUUCUACAGUUUGACAAGAAUAAGUCAGAUGUUUGUGAGCUCUAGAUAGCAGAUGAGAAAGAAUUCACUUAAUAUCAGAAGUAUUUUCCGAACACUUUCCUUAUUAUUCCUUCUGGAUAAAUAGAGAGCUAACGGUUUGAUUUCUUUUCCCCUUAAAAAAAGCAACUAAUAGACAUCUUUAUUUGGCUUUAUGUAGUAAUGAUUUUCUGACCAAAAUUUUAUUUUUUAUAACUCAUCUUUGACUCCUUUUGCAUUUUGUAUAAUGGAUUGUUUCACUUCUACUUGCCAACAUGCCUUGCUGGAUUUGUAUGGAACUAUCUUCUUGAUUUAAAUUGUACAAUGUUUCAUGACAGUAGGGCUGGCAGUACUUACUCCUUUCUUUUUAUAGAUAUUUUUUAAAAAUCAGGCCUUUUGGACUUGACUCAUGAUUUUCCUUUGCCAGGCAAACCAGAGAUAUCCCAAUAAAACAGAUCCUGAUGUGUUCAUAACCAUCAAGUGAAUAGCUCGAACUAUUUCUCAGAAGGAUAUAUGUAUUAUUCCCUACAAUAAAAUUUUGUGGCUAGUGAUCUUGUUUU